UGCUGCUCGGGAUGCUUGAGAUUCACCUGCAGCUCGAAACUGGGUGGGAAGUGAAACCUUACGUUUUUCAUUUAAUAUGUUUGUUCUCGUUACAAAACCCACAUUAUUGCUAACGUUAAGAGGUUUAUACACUUUCAGUGCUAAAAGAUAAUGUAAAACGGAAUGGAGGGCUAGUUUUUGUAGUUUCUCUAACAGACACCUGCGCGCGUGUCCGCUGGUUUCACUGUACAUGUGAGAACAAAAGGCCGCCAGCAUGACACACGUUCGGCAACACGGGGGACCAGCGGCCAAUUUCACAAAAAUGACGAGUGACACGGAGCCACUCAAAGCUGUGAAUAACUUACCGGAUAAUGUAACGGACCAGACCAUUCAGUAUGUUCCUGCAUCAGAUACAAAGAAGGUGCAGAAGAGGAGGGUUACAUUCCGUGGAAUCUUUGCAAUAGGUUUCCCCACCGCACUGUUAAUCAUUGCAUUAAUAACAGGACUGCUGGUGUGGCAUUUCCAUUUCAGAUAUAAUGGAAGGGUGAGGAAGAUGUUCAGUGGUCAUCUGACCAUCUCCAGUCAGACAUUCUCUGAUGCUUAUGAAAACAGCAACAGUACGGAAUAUAAGGAGCUGGCUUUAAAAGUCUCAAAGCAGCUCAAAAGUAUAUAUGGCCAAGUGCGCUUGCUGUCCAAGUACCAUGUGGCAUCCAAUGUACAGGGUUUCAGUGAAGGUAAUAAUAAUGGUAUUAUUGCAUAUUACUUGUCUGAGUUUAAUGUGCGGGAAUCCCAAGUAUCAGCUGUGGAUGAGGCUAUUGCAACUAUGGAUGACACAGAAAAUACCAGGAAAAGCCGAAGAGGGUUCAGUCGCCCAACUGACAGCAUCGUCAUUGACGGCAUUACGUCAGGAGCUGUGGAUGCUCGAUUAGCUGACAGAAACCUCCAAUGGUCCAGUAGGAGGUCGAAUCAUGCUCACGCAAACCAGACAGACAUGAUCCAGUCUCCUGGUUUCCCCGAUAAUUCCUAUUCUCCCAACCUUUACACUGAGUGGCAGAUACGGGCUGACCCAGAGCACAGAGUCAGACUGGAGUUUGACGUCCUGGACCUGGAGAAGGAUUGUCGUAAUGACUUCAUCAAAGUGUAUGACUCAUUAGCACCAUCAGAGAAGCUAGUCAUAACUGAAAAAUGUGGAUACCGCUUACCCACUGAGAAGCUAAUAUUCAUCUCCUCUGGCAAUGUCAUGCUGGUUACAAUGGUGACAAAUGCAGAAAAAAACUACCCAGGUUUCAGGGCGAUUUACUCACAGAUUCCAGCCAAAAUUCAAGACUGUGGAGGAAGACUAACAGGUCUUCGUGGUGCCUUCACAUCACCUGGUUAUCCCUCUCAUUACCCACCUCAGAUUGAGUGUGUCUGGAACAUUGAGGUUCCACCAGGAAAGCAUAUCAAGGUGAAGUUUGACAAGUUCUCCAUACACAAUCCUGAACAGAACAUCAUCAACUGUCCCACAGACUACCUGGAGUUCAACUACAGGAUAUGUGGAGAGAAGCCACCUAAAACUGUAUACACAGUCAAAUCAAACCAAUUAACAGUCAGAUUUAACUCUGACCGCUCUUACGUGAGAGAAGGCUUUUCUGCAGAGUUUGAGGCCUUUGAACCCACUAAUCCCUGCCCUGGGAAGUUCGAGUGUGACAAUGAUCUGUGUGUUUCAUCUGACCAGCAUUGUGAUGGGUACAAUGACUGUGGAGAUAUGAGCGAUGAGAGGGGUUGCAUGUGCAAUGAAACUCAAAUCCAAUGCAAGAACGGCUUCUGUAAGCCUGGCUUCUGGGGCUGUGAUGGGGUGAACGACUGUGGAGAUAACACAGAUGAGGAAAACUGUGAGAAUUGCAAAGCUCGGGAGUUCAGGUGUCGAAGUGGCCGCUGCAUCUCAGCGCAGAAGCAGUGCAAUGGCUACAACGACUGUGGCGAUGGCUCUGAUGAAGCUCAGUGUCAGAAAUCCAUAGCUGUUCGCUGCUCUGAUUCCACCUAUAAGUGCAAGAAUAAGCAGUGCAUUAGCAAGCUGAACCCCAUGUGUGAUGGGGAGACUGACUGUGUGGAUGGUUCAGAUGAAGCCGAGUGCCAAUGUGGGAAGAAGCCCCACAAGUCCAGUCGUAUUGUGGGUGGAAAAGACUCAGAUGAGGGAGAAUGGCCCUGGCAGGUCAGCCUCCACAUGAAGACGCAAGGUCAUGUGUGUGGUGCGUCUGUUAUCAGUAACCGCUGGCUGGUCACUGCUGCUCACUGCGUGCAGGAUACUGAUGAAUUCAGAUAUUCACAGGCUGACCAGUGGGAGGUCUAUCUAGGCCUACACAACCAGGGCGAGACUAGUAAAUCUACACAAAGAAGUGUGAUGCGCAUCAUUCCUCAUCCUCAGUAUGAUCACUCGAGCUACGACAAUGACAUCGCUCUAAUGGAGCUGGACAGUCCUGUGACGCUGAAUCAGAACAUCUGGCCUAUCUGCUUACCUGAUCCCACACAUUACUUCCCAGCUGGAAAAUCUGUAUGGAUCACUGGCUGGGGCAAGCUAAGAGAGGAAAGCAAUUUAGUUGCAUCAGUGUUGCAGAAGGCUGAGGUGCGCAUUAUUAACAGCACCGUGUGCAGCAAGCUGAUGGAUGAUGGGAUUACUCCUCACAUGAUCUGUGCAGGUGUAUUAAGCGGAGGUGUUGAUGCCUGUCAGGGUGACUCCGGUGGUCCAAUGACAUCCACUGAGAGCAAUGGGCGCAUGUUUCUUGCUGGAGUGGUGAGUUGGGGAGAUGGUUGCGGUCGCAGAAACAGGCCCGGUGUCUACACACGGGUCACAGAUUACCGCAGCUGGAUCAGGGAGAUUACAGGGAUAUAAAGCCACGAUGGUGACAAGAAAUGGACUAUAGAACAACCUUUCUCUAUUAAGGGGAUGAUUUUAAGCUCUUUAUGUUUCGUAGUCAAAUGCACAACCUUUGCGCUGCUAACACCAUGCUCUACUAUUUGAACUCCAAGAAGUCUACAGUAGCCACACCCAACAGUCUCACUAUUGGUCGAGCUGGAAAGUGAUUGACAGAUUUUAGAGGAACACUCUUAUUAAUGGUACAAUGAAUACAUGUUUACAAUUCUGUAGGGUAAAAACCUAUGAAUGGCAUACUUGUAGUGGUCACUGAACAAUAAGUUGGGUUAGUGGAACAUGUUUUUAUAUACAAUAUGAAGGUUACUUCCAACCAAAAAGGAAAAUUAACCCCUGGUUUACUCACUCUAAAGUCAUCCUAGGUAUAUAUGACUUUCUUCUUCCUUCCUUCAUUCAUUCAUUCAUUCAUUUUCCUUCGGCUUAGUCCCUUUAUUCAUCAGGGGUCGCCUGGCAAUGAUCCGCCAACUUAUCCAGCAUUUGUUUUACACAGGUGAUACCCUUCCAGCUGCACCCCAGUACUGGGAAACCCCAUACACUCUCACAUGCACACACAUACACUACGGCCAAUUUAGCUUAUUCAGUUCACCUGUACUGCAUGUCUUUUGACUGUGAGGGAAACCAGAGCAUCCAAAGGAAACCCACACGAACACAGGGAGAACAUGCAAACUCCACACAGAAAUGCCAACUGACCCAGCCGGGACUCAAACCAGCAACCUUUGUGCUGUGAGGCGACAGUGCUAACCACUGAGCCACCGUGUCACCCCUUCUUUCAUCAUUCGAAUCCAAUUAUUUUUACAGAUAUCCUGGAUCCAUAAUAAAAAGUGCCUCACAAGGUGUAGUGAAUUGAAAUAUUGAUAUAUAAAAAAUUAUAAACAGUUUCAUGUAACUUCUGCUAACUGUCAUAUGUGCACUUACAAGAGACUACUUCCGUCAGGUGAUUUACAGGUGACAUACAGUGCAUGUGCUAUGCACCACCCUCGGCAUUAUAAAGUUUCAGUUUAAUUAUAAUGAGCUGUUAUACUUUCUUCUCCAAUCUUUAUCCGUUUCUUUGUGUAUUAUAUAGCUUUGUAUAUGUGGAUUGUUGAUUUUGAGCUUUUUCUGCAGAGGAAAAGUGUUUUUGCUACGUUGCUUCAGUAAGUCAUAACUUUAGUGCUUCUCAGGGAUUUUGCAGUUUAUCUGUUACAGUUUUUUAUGAUUGCUUACACACUAAAAUUAAACUUUUCCCACAAUUAGCAAAACCUUACACUCAAUGAGCAAAAUACAAGGCUAGUUCUUCACAGCUGUAAGCACGUUGUCAGCUUCAUUACACACAGUGAUUUGCAAAUCACUAAACACACUUGGAUGCGUCCGACAGAGAAAUUUUUCAUGAUGGAAUUUCCCUGCAAAUUCAAGUAAAGGUCUUCAAAUGAACACACACAUGAACCAUGGGUUAAACACAGCCAUCAGGUGUGCACACACACUGCUGCAAAACUGUAGACAAACCAAUCAGCUGUAACCACAAUAAAAAAGCAAUAGGUAUAAACUUUUAGUCAUCAAUAAAUAUGUUUACAGUAGUAAUGCAAUGCCGCAGUAUGGAAGAGGGAGCGUGAAAGGGAGGAAGAUUGGUAAACAGGAGACAGGGGAUGGGAAUAAAUUUUUUUGAAAUUGAAGUGUAUACAUCACCAGAAAGCUGAAUAAAUAAGCUUUACAUUUGUUGUAUGGUUUGUUAGAAGAGGGCAAUAUUUAGCUAUCAGUCUAUCACUGUUUGGUGAAUACAGUAUGUUCAUGUAUUUUAUAGCUAUAUCUCAAACCCUGAUUAUAUCAGUAUUAGUCAGUUAGUAAUGAUACGAGUGUUUAAGAUUGAGAUCAGCAGUGUGUAAUUGAAGCAAACAGAUUUGUCUCGAAUUAAGCGUGUGUGUUCUAUACGGUGUUAAAAUUGGGUUUUGUUAUAUUGUUGUAAAGUUUUGAAUGACGUGUUUCAUUUUGCAAAA